AUGCGUAUCUACUCCCCCGACCACGACAUGGAUUUCGAAUACGAUCCGGACGGAUCUUCCGCGCGCUUUGACGACCCGAACCUGCCCUCUUGUACCGCCUAUGGUCCCGACUUAUUUGGAGAAUUGGUUGGUUACGAGAUGUUAGAGGCUGAGGUGGUAGCUCCUUGGUCCUUAGGAGAGCUAGGUUACACGAACGACGCGCAACACGUGCACACGGAUAGUCGCAUCGAAAGCCAGCAACACCUAUCGGAUUACUACGCGUACAGUCCGCAUACGAAUACUUGGGAAGAUGGCCUGCAGGACAUUGAGACAUUCGAUUGGGCGAGCGAUGAAGACAAUGAGGUGAACGCUAGUGAGCUGUCAAACAAGAACCAGGGCGAGGAAGAGGUUGAAGCUACCAGUGUCGCCGAUACUCAGUGCUUGGAUGACCAAUGUCAGAAUGCUGGUCCCAUCAAUCGCGAAGCCCCAAAUCUCUUUGAAAAGGUAGAUUCGCCGACCACUCAACCCGAAACUCCUGUUCAAAAGCUGAGCAAAGCCCCACUGUCUGAUGGAACCGCGAUCGUUCUCACAGAAUCCAAGACGAGCGCGGAACACAUACACCCUACGUCGCCAGCCUCGAAGCUUAGCCCGGAAUGCGAAAAGACGACUUCGCAUACGAACACACUUUCACAUGUUACCGAAAAAGUAGAAUCUGGUCUACCAGCGAACGAUGAGAAGCAUGUCGAAGCCCUGGAUCUCAUGGAUAUCGACGACCUCACUAUCGUUGCUGAAACCGAGCGCUUGAACAUCGACUCUCAGAUGCAAGAUAACGUGGCUGCCGAAGAGGGGACUGUUGAAACUUGCCCUAUACCAGUCCUCCAUGAUGCUGAAGGUAACAUGCUUUCCGAGAUGCAAUCUUGUUCUGGCUCAGAAGAUGACAAGGCUGCGGAGGCAUCAACGAUCAGCCUUGCACCGGCUCCUUCGAGACAUGACAGUCUCGCAGUGCACAAAUCAAACCUGGAAAUCUCUUCACAUGCCGACACAGCUUCCCCCAAGCCACCGAAGGGUGUGUCAAUGCAGCCAAAAUCGCACGUAACCUCAGAUGGAGUACAACAGACGCCGCAUAAUCCUGGUGGUGACUACGAUGAAGAAGCUAUUCAAAGUGCUUUGGAAGCACUGAGCCGAAUCCAGACGCAGAAAGAUCCUAUGGACAAUGAAGAGCAGCUCCAUAACGGCUCCGCGAUGCAAAUUGAACCUGCUACCGAACCUCUACCAUUGCCGCCAAAAGCGCUUCCUGAAGCGCGAGACUCUCCGACACACCAGAGAGCUGAUCAGGAGCCGGAAGUCAGGUCUGAACUUACAACUUCCGUUCUACCAGAUUCUUCCAUGCUCACUGAUGGUGACUCGCUAAGCCCAAAAUCGCCUGAGGCCCUCUCGCGUGUCCAAGAGGAUGUCGAAGGGCCAUGGCAAGCGCAGUUGCGGGAUGCGGCCGCCGAUUCACUGCCUAGCGUUCUCUCCGGAUCUUUGCCCUCAAAGAAUCGUGAUCAUAGCGAUUCCUCGAUUAGCAAACCUCCGGAGAUCGCAGAUGGAGAGGCAUCGGUACUAGCAAGUCCAUCAUCUGCAGGUCCGACGUCAGAGCUGCAGUUGGAAAGCAAUGUGGCCUUGCCGCCCCUGCCGUUCCCAUCUGAAGACGAAGUACGUCAUGAGAAACCUCAGAUCUCGCUUGCUGAAGUGUCCGCGAAUGAAGAGAACGCAGGCGCGGCGAAACUGGCUCAUAGGUUGUCCAAGCCUCCCGUCCCAUUCGACGUGGAGCCACAUGCUGCGGGUGGAGACAACACCACUAGACGCGACGUCGAUGAUAAUACCAGUGUGGCAGCGAUUCCCGAAGAAGAUCGAAUGGAAUAUGUAUCGUUUGCCUACAAUCUGGACACUACCGAGGACCUCGAUUCUACAACGGCAGUACCUGAACCAGAAACUCAGCCUAAUCACCCCCAUAAGCGAUCGAAAGCGUCCAAGAACACAGCGAGCGUUUCCGAAAGUGAUUCAGACGGUCCAGUCAAGAAAAAGCGGAAGGCUAAUGUCGCUUCUCUUGCAAAGGCACGUGCUAUCAAAGCUGCAAACAGGAAGACUAGCAAAGCUCCCAGAGACCAGGAAGACGAAUCUACGCCAUCGCUAGCUAAGGGUAGACGUGCUGCGGUCAAGUCGAAGAAAGAGGCUGUUCAUGUGGAUGUUACCAACGAAGAACCGGAUCUAUCGACCAAGCAUGGAGGUGCACUGAAACAUAUCGGAUCAUCUGAAAAAGCACCCAUAGUAGUUGAGUCUGACGAUGCCAUCAUCAGUGCUCAGUCCGAUCUGGGAGGCGACAGUGCGGAUAUGCAAGAGCACUACAGCGACGUCGAGAAACCGGCAACACCCAGCAAGCAAACACACGCUGCUAAGAUCGUUCUAGGUACACCAAUGUCGAGACCAUCAGUCUCAAAACGUGAACUUCAGGACCUUACUUCGACCUCGUAUAGACAGCACCCCUCAAAGGCAAAGCCUAUAUCACGCAAGCUAUUUCCACUCCAUAAGCCGAAUGCUUUGGACGAACUCAUGUCGAGCAUGCCAGCUUCUGCAGACUCGCCGACUGUUCCGACAAGCGACGCUGACUCUGUUGGUCUGUUCGGAGACUUCGGCGUCCCUGAUACCACUACCAAGGCACUCAAACGUCCUGCACCAAAGCCUAGGACUACUCCAGCGAAAGCCGCGAGGGCGAAGAACGGCCCAGCAACUUCAGGGCACAUGAAGAAAACCCCCGCUACUCGUAGUACAAGGAAACGCAGUGCUUCGCCCAAGAAGGAGGAAAAGAGCAAGUCUAAGGACGAGGAGGAGUAUAUCCAUUUUACGGAGCCUCGGAUUGAUACUAAAGGAUCUAGCCCGGAAAUCGACGUGCCCACACCCCCGAGGCCCCUCAAAAGGUCCACUAAGCAGAGCAUCUUAUAUGAGCCUGAAGGUGACUAUGAUACUCACGAGGACAACGACGAAAACGAAGACGACGACGAUGAUUUUGAAGACGCGCAAGAAACCAUCGAAGCGUCUGCCGACGACAGCGACACUCCCCCGCCAUCCAAGAUGCCAAAGCUCAAGAACAAGCCUCUGAUGCUCGGUGGCCAUACCAUCCGCCAAACCAGGUCUCGCGCCACCACCACCCCAGCUCGCAGUGUCGCUUCCAAAGCCAGCCUCGCCAAGAACAAAUUCGGAUUCACGCCUCCUUUGACACGGCAGGCGAAGAAAGCUGCCACACCUGCCCCUGCACCAGCCAAACCUGCUCCGAAGGCUAAAGCGCCGGCGAAGUCCAAAGCGGCCCCCGAGCCGGUCAAGCAGCCUUCGGUACGUAAGACGCGCCAGGCGUCUGCGAUGGAGGAAGAGGGUAAAGUCAAAAGCAAGAGGAAGCUUAGGAGCGGCGGUUGA